CCACAUGCUUCAGAGGCCAGCAAGAGUUCACUCUAGACAAGAGAGGCAUACUACCUAAGACAAAAGGACCAUGUGUAUUUUUUUUUUUUUACCUUUGAAGCUCUCCAAACUGGCAAAGAAUCCUUUCUGCUAGUUCAGAAAACCAGCGGGGAGUUUUCUGGCUAGGGAAAUAACCAAACGACUAGAUGGCCACUGAACUAUGAGGUCAGUAAAGAAAUGGUCUUAGUUGAGUUGUAAAUUGUAAUUCAUCCUCGAUUCAUAAGUGAUUGGAUCUAGUUGGUUGGUGUUUAUGGUUCCAAUCGUGCUUUUUCACUAGCGUGAUACUAUUUGGUUUGCCGACUCAAUCGCACUCUACACGUGAGUUAGAUAAGAUGAGGAGUAUUAGUUGUUUUACUUAAACCAAUGUAAUCUAUUUACCAAUGUUGUCAGAACCAAACCGGAGCAUGACCCGAUAAUGGGAAUGGCUCGCACUUUAGUGUUUCAACUGGCAUUAGACUGUUUAAAAACGGAUAGAGAACCGGUACCUAAUAAACGUUAUCAGUAUAAAUAGUGGACAUUUCUUAAUCAGAGCUCGUCUCUUUCCUUCGAAAUUGUGAAAUGAAAUAAGGAUUCAGUUUGAGAGCCCGACGUUUUUGGUUUAUUUUCAAUUUUUAACUUUCUGUAAUUUUUUUAAUUAAAUUUAACGACUGAAUGACAAAAACCGGACGAGCCGCUCUAUCUGUUAACCGCCUCGGCCGCUCGUCAACCGCUACAUAAAACCAAAGCGGCUUUUAUACUGUUCCGGACCGAUUUUGUGACCAGGUGCCGAUUUUACUGGUCGGACCGAGCGGCUCGGCUGGGCUUUAAUAACACUGCUAUUUACCAUUCGUUUCACACCUCAUAAUCUAGCGAUAAUUCUAGGCAUUCAACCCCCAUGCCUUAAAAUGGAUGAUGGACUAAGACCAAAAGAUUCUUAUUGAAAUAUAAUUUUUUUUAUCAGGAAAACCAAAAUUACAUAGAGAAUUCAAUCAAAAUAUGAGAAUUUGCAUGCCCUAAAACUCUUUAGCUCUAGUUUUCAAUUCAAAAAGUUUUCAUUUGGAAUAUCUAACCAUGACUAUGUUUGAAAUUAUUGAGCUAAUUUUUGUGGUAUUGUCACUCACAAUAUUCAAUAAUUUAAUAAAACAAUUCCAGCAAUCAUUCAUGUCUAACACUUAUCCAGCCAAGUAGUAAAGACAAAAGGUGAUCAAUCCUAACAUGUAGUAUCAUUACUUAAUGGGCCAAGCCAUUGCCAUCCAAUAUCAAAGGGGAAGUCAUAAUAAUCCAAUUUGUACUUCUCCAAAAGACAAUAAACAAAAAAGAUUCCAUCCAAAAAGCCCAACACACAGACUGUCAACUGUCUCUCCCUUUCCCUUUGAUCUCUUAUUAUUUGAUUUCUCCACCAGAAAGGAUGCCGAACAUUCGGCGUGUAAAGCAAUGGAAGCCACUCUGAAAAUUCCGACGAAUUCUUUGAUCUCCCUUCCCUUUCUCCCUCUCUCCUCACUCAAUCCUGGCAUCUGAGGUUCAUGGGUAUUGCCAAUCUUUGCCUUCUUGUAGAUUUUUGGAGCUUUAUUCCAGCGAAUUGCGUUGUUGGUCUUUUGGGUUUGGCUGAUUUCAAAUGAAUGAGAGAUAAAGUUCGUUCCUUUAUUUUGUUUUCUUAUAGCAGAUUGGUAAGUUUUUGUAGGUUUCUUGUUGUAUUUGUGCAUGUUGUUCCCCUAUAAUAAUUGGUAUUGAUUCCUCAAGACAAUUCUCCUUUUUUACUUCCUUUCAAUUUCCCCCAAGUCCUUGUUUGGAGUUAAUUGAGAUUUCAGAUACUGUUAAUGUCAUUGGCUUGUUCUUCCCAUAUAUCUUAUCUCCCUUAGCUUCUGGCCUGACUUUUGGCCGAGAGAAAGGUUUGAUUUCUGUGUAAAAGAACUCUCCUUUUGUUUGCACUCUUUUAUUGUUUCAUGUUUCUGAAUAAAUUAUGGUUUGUACUAGUUAAAUGGAGCAUGUGUGGGGGCAAUGAAUGUCCUUUUUGUUGGGAAACAGUGAAAAUAUCAAUUUCUGCUAGAUUUCUUGUUCAUUUGAUUGGGGUUUGAUACUCUGCUAGUUCGGAUGGAUAUGCGGAAGGGAACAGGUUAAUGAUGCAUAUUUGCAGACUCAGGAUUAAGUCUGAACUUACUGUAGUUUUAUAAUUUUGAAUGCAGGAAAGGUUAUGCUUUGAUUUGAUUGAGGUGGGUUAGCUGAAAAAUGGAAGAAGGCGAUAUGUUUGCGAGCUUAGGGGAUGGUAGUAUUCAAGUAGAUGGGAAGGUGUUGCAGACGUUUCAGAGAAGUUUCCGGCAAGUUCAGGACAUCCUUGAUCAGAACAGGUUGCUAAUCAACGAGAUAAACCAGAACCACGAAUCAAAGAUCCCAGAUAACCUGAGCCGAAAUGUGGGGUUAAUUAGAGAGCUGAAUAACAACAUAAGAAGAGUUGUAGAUCUAUACUCCGAUCUUUCUACUGACUUUGCUCGGUCAAUGGAAACAGCAACUUCCUCAGAUGGCGAAUCAACCGCAGUUUUGAAGACUAGUGGGAACAAUAAGCCCAGCCACAAGAGGAAUAGAUUUGGCAAUUGAUCAAAACUCAAGGUUUUCUUAAUUUGUUUUUUUGUAUGCAGUAGAAUAAGGGAAUGAAAGAACUGGAUGGGUCCAUAGACUUACUUUUAGUGUGAAUGAUCCAUAUUUAGGGUGUUGAGUACAAGUAUUGCAGCUUCCAGUUUGGUUUCUCUCUCUGAUUGCUUCAUUUCAAUGUGUUUGUACUGUCCUGUUGAAUCAAAUAAACAUUCUAGUAUGGUUUCUCUCCUCAAUUAUCUGAUCUCUGUGGCUUGUUUUGUAUAAUAUCUUUAUUAGUAAAUUGAUGAUCAUCUG